AAAUGGGCGGGGCUUCCGAGUCUGCGUAAUGAAGCGAGCGCUGUAUAAGAAUAAGCAUCACUCGGAGGAGAAGAAAGAGACACGAGACACCGUGAAUAUCCCGGGAAACAAUACUCGUCUUUACUGCUCCUCCGUCGCUUUUGAAGGUGGAAGUGAAAGAACUGUAGAUCAGAACAAACAACGAAGAUGACCACAGACACUGAAUUGGACAUGAAGGAUGUGGAGCUCAACGAAAUGGAUCCAGAGAAGCAGCCCAUGACCAGCGAAGACACGGGCAAUGGCGACGCCGGCUCCCCGGUGACCGAGAAAAACGGCAGCGUGAAGGUGAAAAUUCCUGAGGAGAAAGAAUCCAAGUUUACUGGUCUGUCCAAGGAGGAGCUUCUUAAAGUCGCUGGAACUCCAGGGUGGGUUAGGAUCCGAUGGGCACUGCUCAUUCUCUUCUGGCUCGGCUGGAUUGGGAUGCUGGCUGGUGCUGUUGUCAUCAUUGUUCAAGCACCUCGAUGCAAACCCCUUCCCGAUAUGAACUGGUGGAAUUAUGGUGCUCUGUACCAGAUUGGAGACGUCAAUUCGUUCACAGAAGGUUCUGGGCUUGAAGGUUUGCAGACGAAGAUUGAUGAUGUGGGGAAACUGAAGGUAAAGGGUCUGAUUAUUGGUCCUAUCCAUGCGUCCAGUGCUGACAAACCUGAAGACCUGAAUUUAAUGGAGGUCUCCUCUGAUAUCGGCAAUCUGGACCAGCUGAAGCGAGUUAUUCAGACAGCACACAAGAAGAGUAUCUCUGUGGUUUUGGAUCUGACGCCUAACUAUAAAGGAAAAGACCCUUGGUUCUCCAAUAGCAGUGUUGAACAAGUAACAGACAAAGUCAAGUCUGCCACUGAUUAUUGGCUGGAAGAAGGUGUGGAUGGAAUCCUCCUUCAUGGUGUUGAUCAAAUUAAUAUGGACUCCUUUUGGACUAACAUGAGCGAUACUAUCAAGAAUCACACUAAGGAUGAGAAGAAAAGGGUGCUUAUUGGAGUUACCACGUUGAAAUCUGCUGAAGAGGUGAAAAAAGAGUUGAACAGGACUGGCGUGGAUCUGCUCCUUUCUCGGGUCCUGAAUCACAAGGCUGGUGUGGAGAUUGCUCAGGUUGUGGACGGUCUCUACUUUGACCAGAAUAAACUAGCCUGGAACAUAGGCGACCGUGUCUGGGGUCACCUGGCUUCCAUAGUGACGUUGCUGCAGGUGAAGCUGAGCCAGUUGCUGCUGUUCACCCUGCCUGGUACACCUGUGUUCAACUAUGGAGACGAAAUAGGACUGGAAGAUGAUCUGUCGAGUGUAAACCCAACGAUGGUGUGGCUAAAUGGUACAGAAAAGGAAAAGGACCCCUCGAGAUCUCUCCUUUCAUUUUUCAAGGAAGUAAGCGAGCUUAGGGGGAAGGAACGUUCCCUCCAGCAUGGAGAGUACUUGCUUCUGAGCAACUCCACUAGUGCCAUGGCCUACUUACGCCAGUGGGACCAGAGCGAUCGCUACAUAGUUGCUUUGAACUGGCACACUAACAAUUCUGUCACUCUGCAACUAACCCAGAAGGAGCUUCCUGAGAAAGCCACUGUCGUGAUCAGCACUGAUGCAAAACUGGCUGCUCACACCAGUGUUAAACUGGCAGAUCUGACAGUGGAGCCUCUAAGCGCCAUUAUGCUAAAAUUCCCUUACACUCCAUAAAGUAGUAGGUUUACAUUUGGAUGUGAGGACCUUUUACAUAAUAGUAAAAUGUGGCAUUGUUACUUUUCUUCUGAUAUCAAAAUGCACUAAAAAUGUGGAACUGGGUUUUAAUUUGAGACAUGUAUAUGCAAGUUUGUACCUGUCAGAAGACGGAGACAUUUAAUGUAGACACUGAGGCUACCUUUGUUUUUGUACUUUUAUUGUUUUACUGUUACUGAUUACAUUCCGUUAAUAGUGGCUUCAGCCUUUGUAAGAUUUUACUGUAAUGGCAAGUUUUUGUGAUGAUGCAAAAUGUUUCCACUGCAUUUUUUUUUCUCCCCAAAUGUUCUAUCAGUGACUUGAAAAGCAUCACAUGAACAGCCCCUCCAAACAAACUUUGAGAGAAAGAAGCAUGAAAAAUAAAGGUGGAAGAGAAUUCA